CUGGAGGCCACGUUGGGCGUGUCCAUCUGUCAGGUGGGCGUUGACGACUGUCCCCACGCCGACUGUCAGUCCGGCUGCAGCAGCGAGGUUUCAUUCAGCCAGACCCCGGCGGCUCUCAGCUCCGGGAACACGUCUCUGGUGUCGCUGUCGGCCUCGACCGCGGCUCGGUGCGGCUGCCGGGGCCGAGAGGACGUCCACCUGCCCUGCUCCUCUUACCCCACAAACCCCUGCUCCAACGGGGGCACCUGCCAGGACGGAGCGCUGGGGUACAGAUGUCAGUGUCCUCCCAUGUACGACGGCCCCGAGUGCCAGCAAACCAAACGCAGCUUCGGCGGUCAAGGCUACGCCUGGUUCCCUCCCAUCAUGCCUUGCUUCCAGAGCCACAUCUCCCUGGAGUUCCUGGCCGAGUCGGCCAACGGGCUGCUCCUCUACAACGGGCCUGUUGGCCCCGCCAGCUCUGAGGAGCAGGAGGACUUCAUCGCCAUCGAGCUGACGAACGGGGUUCCAGCUCUGAGCGUCAACCACGGAUCAGGAACACUGACGCUGCAGCUUCCUCCCAGUUCCACCGUCACCGACCGCCGCUGGCAUCGCCUGGACGUCAUCAGCGACGGGAAGGCCGUCCAGCUGAUUCUGGACCAGUGUGGGGGGGCUGCGGUGAACGAGGUGGAGGGUGUGGGGGGUGACACUCAGGAGGUGGACGAGUCAGGCUGCAGAGCUGCAGGAGAGACGCCCAGGAACCAGAGGUAUCUGAAUGUGUUCCAGCCUCUUCAGUUGGGGGGGGUGAAGGAGACAUCUCCUCACAGACGUUACAGCAGUUUCACCGGCUGCAUCCGCAACCUGGUGGUGGACAGUCAG